AUGAAGCAGUCUUCUUUAGCCGAAUCUGCAAAGUCGAAGGACCAAUCAAAUGAAAUCCAAACAGUGAUGCAAGUCGAAAUAUCAAAGUUUUUAAAUCUGAUGUGUUUAAGACUCUUAAAGGAAUCCAUUAGGGGAGUUAUAUCGGACAUGGUUCAAUGCGCAGUGAAGCCUCUUCAGGAUAAGAUUGUUGAAUUAGAGGCUAAAGUCGAAAAACUUCAGGAGAAGACUAACGAUAACGAACAGUAUUCGAGGAGAUAUAGUAUCCGCAUUUAUGGACCAAGUCAGGUGCCAGGGCUAGUGCAGGAGGGUGUCGAUGAAGUCGUGCCUAAAGAAAAUUGUGCUCAAACAGUAAUUGACUUUUGCAAAGCUGAAUUGGGGUUAAUUGUGAAAUGUGAGGAAAUCGAUCGCGCUCAUAGAAUUGGUCGACCUAGUGAUGCCGGGCAAAGGGCGAUUAUAGUGAAAUUUGUUGGUUAUGAAUCUAAACUAAAAGUCAGGAGAGCAAAACGACGUCUUAGAGGAAAAAGAAUAUUUAUCAAUGAAGACCUUGCAUGGCUAAAUCAAAAGCUUCUCAAGCAAGUUCGUGAAGUGUGUAAAGGCUCGGCAUUAGUUUAUACUGCUGACGGUUAUGUUAUGGUUAGAUCUAAAAAUGGUGAACCACCAGUUAGAGUAAGGAAUGUUGAAGACUUGGACAUAUUUGGCUUUGAUUGA